AUGUCUCAAAAUAAGUGCGUCAUAAAACCAAUAAUAUUACAAAACAGUGCUGAGCUUGCAGAUGAUACAGAAAGCGAUGAUGACUUCGAAAUACCUGAGAACAUUCCAAAUAUCCAUAACGCUUGCAAUAAGUGCAAAAAGACCUUCAGUUCUGCUGCGUCUUUGAAGCGACAUGAAAGAGAUGUUCAUGAUUCCCAAAAUGCUGUUAAGAUGCCUUGUGAUAAAUGCGAAAAGUCUUUCAAAACCAAGUACACGUUGCAGCAACAUUUAUUAACACAUGAUACCAAAAAAAGUUACACUUGUACGACUUGUCUAAAAGGCUUCAAAUUAAAAAGUUCCCUCAAUUCUCAUCUGAAAAUUCAUAAAAAAUGAGAAGUCUUGCUGUACAGUUUGUGGAAGCAUGGUUACAAGAUUAGUUGAACACAUGCGAAUACACAGUGGCCAGUUGCCUUUUACCUGUGAGAUUUGUGAUAAAGGUUUAAGAACUGCUUCUGAAUUGAAAUAUCAUGCUAUAAGACACUUUUAGUUCUAAAAACUUCAAGUGUGACUUCUGCGACAAGGCUUAUGCUCAUCCUGCAAAUUUGAGGAGCCACAAAAAGGCUGUACAUGAGCUUAUACCCGACGUGGAUUAAAGAUACUAACAUCUGUUCAUCAUGGAUGUUUGCGAGCAACUCCAAAUGUUAACAGGCAAACAUUUACCUGACAGGUACAAAAUAAUAAAUAAAAUCGUACAAUCUGCCCUUAAAUUUGAACCAGAACAACAACUAAACAUUCUUGAAUCUUUCGAACCUAAAGACAACAUAGAAAAAAAAUUAUGGGUCAAACUUUUGACCAAAUUUGAACUUCCUGACGUCUUCUUACAAACUUUAAAAUCUGAAGAUCAGGAGUUGAUUGAAAUACUUUUAUCCGAUGCAAAAUGGUUUUUUACCAAACACCAAUUAAAGUGUGAUGAAAUUUUGCAAAUGUUUUUCCAAAUAUAUCGACAAGUGUUAGGUGUAAAUUUUUGCAUUGCCUUUACCAAUAUUAUGGAGAAAAGGAUUUGAAUGAUAUUUUUCUUGCUGUACGUGAUCAAUAUAAUUUAAAAUGGGCUUUGCGUUUGUUGCCAAAAUGUAGCUCGGAAUUUGUUCUAACAAUUUUAACCGA